AUGCAUUUUACCAAGCUUGCUUGCGUUUCUCUCCUUGCCGCCCUUGCUGCAUCGGCGAGCAUCCAGAUAUCCACACAGCCGCCCUCCUUGGACAACUGCUGGGAGGCUUCGAAGAACAUCGAUGAGCUCCUGAACCUGUACGCGCAGUACGGCGAUUCCUGGAUGGGAGCUUCGCGGGAUGCUAUCGGUCAUAUUCUGCAGUCAAUUGUGGAAGCGGGAAACACCAUCAAGCAGGACUGUACAAAGCUGCAAACUGUCGGCGAGACCCAGUCAUAUAGCCAAGAGGCCGAGCAGAAUGCCGCCGAUCGUUUCGGACGGGCUAGAUAA